AUGCACUGGCGCGACGCCUUCUUUGCCUACGCGCUGUACGCGCCCUCCGACGCGUGCACGGUCCGCCGCAAGAAGAAGUCGAACGCCGGCCAGGCGCGACUCGUGUUCGUCAGCCUGAACGUCAUCGAGUUCGGCUUCUACGGGUAUCUCGACCUCUUCGAGAACCGUUCCCACGACAACCUGAUGUGGCUGGGGGGCAAGGCGGCCCGCCGGUCAGCAGCAGCCAAGGCGAACGCAAAGUCCUUCUCGGACAUAACCGUGGCCACGGACCUCGCCACGCUGUAUCGCCAUGAGCGCGGACGCUACGAUGCCAUCAUCGCGCGAGCGCUAGACCCGUACCAAUCCAUCUCCGAGUUGCUCGAGCAGACGAAGGCGCUGGGCCCGACCAAGCCCCCCCCCCCCCCCCACCUCCGAAUCAGCGACGAGGCCUUCGCGCGCGUCGUCACCGGCGGCGACCCGCCCAACCCGGCUUGGGUCGGCAACAAGAGCGCCGGGACCUGGAAGAUCCUGCUGGGGAACGACCGUAUCCGAGCCCUUGCCAAGAAGCUCACGCCUCUCGUGAAGAAGGGUAAGCAACCGUUCCCGCCCCAAAAGGCGAACAACGAGGACAAGGAGCAGCGCGGCGACUACUCCGACUACGCGGACGACGAGGACAUGUUCACGGUGCUGCUCCCGACGCCGCAAUCGGACGAGAAAGACGACGGUGAACCCGAGGAGCCCAGCGAAUAG